AUGAAGUUUUCACGGUGUAAUCUAAUGGCUUCCGUAACGGCCGCUACCUCUCUUCUUGCAGGCAACGCCAUUGCCUUUGUGAACCGCCCAUUACACCAUGGCAUGCCUCAUGUCAGGACUUCUGUAGCCUACCGAACCAACACGGAGAACGAUGUCUUGGAAACCACUAGUUCUACGGCAGCUCCUUUGGCUCCAGAGUCGUUUCUGUGGGAAGAUCCUACCGAAACUCUCUGGAAUGGCCAAAAACAACAGCACAACGGCAGGCAGGAACCUCCUUCUGUCGCCGAACUGGCGCAACGGUUGGAAAGUAGCUACCGAUUGGAUCACGAUCCUUCCUUGGUCGAGUUUGUCCCUUCGGAACGGUACAAUCAUGUCCCCAAGGUCAACGAUCACGAAGUUCCACAAGACGACGACCAUUAUCCCUAUGCUGCCAUGCUGCAAGGCAGUGCGCAUUAUAUCGCCAAUCAUUUGGGAGAGAUUGCUGUCUUUUACAUUCCGGGAGAAUGGUUGCACAAACCCAAUCAACUCUUUGAUAGCUUUUUGGAAGACGUGUCUCUGGCAAGACUCAUGGGCAUGAAGAUUGUACUCGUGGCCGAUUGUCGCCUCGAAAACGAUGCAUCGUGUGGACAAGACAUUUAUGACCACCCUCAUGAAUGUCACAAUAGUUUGAGGGUCACAACCGACGAAAACAUGAGACAAAUGGAAGAGGAAGCGGGAUACAUUCGAUUCGAAGUCGAACGCAAAAUGAAUCGGUUCCUCAAGAAGCACUUGGUCUACGACCGAAACGAUCAAGAAGGCAACGUCGUGGGAGGCAACAUGUUCUAUUCGGCGCGAGCUUUCGGUAAAGUCCCCGGUAGUGACGAAGACUUUGAGCACACUGGGUUUGUCCAACGAGUCUACACGGAUAACAUUCGUCAAGCAUUGGAUAACAAUGAUGUGGUCCUCUUGACUACCGUCGGAUGCAGUAUGCAAGGCGAAUCGGUCAAUGUCAACGGGCAGCACUUGGCUGCAUCGGUGGCAGCUAGUUUGAACGCCUACAAGCUCAUUUACAUGGCCAAUCAAGGUUCGGUCUUGUCCGAAAAGGAAUCCCAAGGCAAAUUCUUUCAAGAGAUCCCCCUCAGUUUUGCCCAACAGCUUUGUGACUACCACAAGGUCCGGGUACACAAGACGGGAUUUGCCAAUUUUGAACACGCCCGACAACGGCUUCCACCCAGAGCCGUCGAACUUUUGCUGAAUCUGGCGUGGGGAUCCUGGGCCAUUGAUCAAGGGGUGACCCGAGCACACGUCGUCAACCCCAAAGAUGGGGCGCUCUUGGAAGAGUUGUUUACUUCCAAGAAUGGUGCCAACACCUGCUUGUAUCAUGACGACGAGAACCUGACGGAAGACGAUGCAGGGUGGUUGGAUGCAGAAGAUACCGACGAUUGGAACGAGUUCUUUUCCGAGGCAGCAGCUCAGGAAACGCUGUGA